CCCACCUUCACAACCCAUCUCCCCCAAAAACUCACGCCUCCAAAGCAGAUUUGCACCGUCACGACGACCUGAAACACAACCAGCAUCACAUCAAGAAGCCCCUGGUGGGGGAGGGGAGGCAGUGGCAACAUGGCGGCUACACCCAGCUGGUGCAUUGGACACCAGUUCACCCUAAAAUGGAGGUAGAGGGUCGGGCGUCUGAAGCCCGGAGCGUCACCUCCAUCGGGAGCGGAGAGGAAGGUGGAGCUAAUCAUAAUAAAGGAGAUCCAAUGGAGAGGAGGCAGAUAAUGCACCUUCAGUCAGACGCCCCGUCUCCACCCGAAACACCAACACACCCUCCAAGAUUAGAGGGAAAACCCACCGUUCCUAUGACAACGAGUCAGAAAACGGUGGUGGUGGGAAGUGUGAAAAACAACGAGAGGGAAGAGAGUGGGUCGGCUAACAGUGGGGGGUCGGGUGGAGCUGAGGUGGCGAAAGAAAAAGACUUAAAAGAGACGAGUGGAGGAGAUGUAACUUUAACGGAGGAGGAGGAGAGGAGGAAGAAAGUUCUGGAGAUGAUUCAGACGGAGCCUCAUCUUCAUCCUCAUCUUCCUCAGCGGAGACCAAAGCCCGAAGCGGUUAAAACAGCCCUCUCCUCCUCGCACCCCCCCUCCGCCCCCCCGCCUCCUUUCCGCCCCGCCUCGCCUCGACGCCGGAGGAAACAUCGAAAACGCAAACGCAUCAGCACGGCCGCCAUCAGAGCCAUGAUCAUGUAGAGCUGCAGGAAAUGGUGAAGCGAACCCAAAGUGAGCAUCAUUGCACCGAAGGAAUCUGGAGAGGAAACACGGGAUUCUGGGAAAAGACUGAAGACGAACGCUGCUGUCUGUUUCCGGGCGGAUUUCAAGAGAGUCGUCCAGCUUCAUGGAUUUAAUAAAGUGCAAUCUUAUGAACUCUUUGGAACGGAGGUCACACUAAACACUGGAUUUAAUUUGUGUGAGCCACAGAUCCCAUUAGCGUGGGUCGAUGCUAGACUGGAGUCUGCAGCCAUUGAUUGGCUGUUUAAACACUUCUAGCUCAACUUCUGAUUGGUGCACAGACGGAGAACUUGACUUUUACUCGGACUGAGAAGUCAGAACUGAAACUGGAAACGUGGAGAGCUGGAUUUCUACACUGGAGACGGGAAGGUGCAGCUCGACGCCAAACAUUACUGUAAUCCUUUAACUUUAUUUACACUGGAGUAGCCAAACACUGUCCGAUAGAGAAUACUCUGUUCUGUAGCUUCAUGUACUGGAAAUAUUAAUAACCUGCUCAUUUUGUACUACUGCCAGAUAGAGAGGUGCAGGGAUGACGUAUUUCUGUAGUCAACCCUGAAGGCAGCAUCUUCCUGGUUCCCGCCACAAAAAACCAACAGGGAAUUUUCCACAUUAACACAAUUGUAUGAUUUCUGAAGUAAAAAGCUAACGUUGGGCUAUAAAGGAACUACAGCACGGUCACAUUACUUCACGUCACCACCGCUAAGCUAAAUGUGGCUAAUGUUGGGCUAUA